GUGGAAGUGUGGAAGAUUUGGGUAAAUACAACAACAUAUGUUAUACAGGGUUGUCCUUGAAGCAAAGGAAAGUGUAGGAUGCAGUGUGUGAGAUGCUGGCUGCUAGCAGCGAUCCUGGUGCUGCUCAGUGUGGCUGGAGUCGACAUGGAGUACCUCCAAGCUGAAAACCUAAAUCUUCUUCCCCCUGAUGAGCACAACUUGGUGCUGAACGGUGGAAUGAGAGUGCUGCCCAGAGACUGCCAUGAAAUGCUGAUGACCUCUUCGGGCAAGGCCAGAGACGGGGUUUACCUGAUCCAACCAGGUGACCUCCGAAUCGUGGCCUAUUGUGCCAUGCAGGAGGGAGGCUGGACCGUGGUGCAGCAUAUCACCGUCAAUAGCAGUGUGGAUUUCGAUCGUACCUGGGCUGAGUACAAGAAUGGCUUUGGGGCUGUAACUGGUGAUCACUGGCUCGGAAACGAAUACAUUCAUCAGCUCACCCGUGGCCCUGGGCGCUACAAACUGGGAGUAAAACUAGUGGACCGAGAGGCCGUCACUAAAACGGGGGAGUAUGAUCCAUUCCUGGUGGAGGGUGAAUCAUCAGCAUACAGGCUGAGGCUGGGCUUGUUCCAGGGCUCAGCUAUUGACGCUCUGACCCUGGACACAGAGAACUACCUGCAUGACAACCAGCGGUUCACCACUAAAGACAGAGACAAUGACAACUACUUCCAAAAUUGUGCUAAGCUGGAGUUUCAGGGGGUGCCGGGAGGAGGUUGGUGGUACGACGCGUGUGCUGGUGCCAACCUCAAUCGCAGGAAUGUUAUCUACUGGCAGAAGGACUGCAAUAAGGAGCGACUGUGCAAGUAUGCAUGGAUGAUGGUGAGACCUUCAGACACAGUUAAACUGAUUCAAAGUGGAGACUGCAAGAAGGAUGAGCUAUGAGGAACCAGGAUUUGGCAACUAUUGAGGGCCAGGAGUUUAGUUUUUUUAAGGACAUUUUUCUUUGUGCUGGACAUGCAAUUUACCACUUUUAUUCAGAAAUGCAUGGACAGGAUCACAAAAUACUGAAAAGAACAAAAAAAGAAUCACAACAUUGAAAUACAGUAUAAAAAUGCAGUACAUUUUAGCUCCAUUGAUCACCAUGUCAAUACAUGAAGCAAAAGGUCUCAUAACUCCCCAAAUUGCAAGUGCAGAUUCAUCACAAUUACAAAAAGUGUUCAUGGCAUUAUAGCUUAUGACACAUGUACAUUUUUUUCCACGUCAUCUCUGAUCCAAUGCUUACACGAAGGAACAUUUCACAAAUAGCAUUUUAUUUGCCACAGUACAUUACACGUUUUCCAGAAGUACAAUGAACAUAUGAUGACAUAUUUACUAAGCUACAUUAAUUCAGAGGAAGAAAAUACUAUAUUUGAACGCAAAAAAAAUAUCCUUUAAAAGUUACAAUCUUGAUUAUGCAAGCAGGUUCUGACCUUAGGAAAACAUGUAUUAGUCCUUUAAGUUAAAAUAGCAACUUUAAAAUGUGCAUUCUCAAUACAAAUAAAAAAAUGUAAAUACCAACAGAAUACAUUUGCAUGUGUUUUGACUUUUUGGGUGUAAGAGCAUCAAUACAGGAGUUAUCAAAGGGUUGCAGCAAUUUGAUAUGAUACAGAUGUUAAACUGUGCAUCUUGAAUACAACAACGGUCUGUGUAAAAUAAUUUCAGUAUUAAUUGAUGGCAUAUCCUGCAUAAGCACAUCUAUUUUGGAUUUUUACGUUUUAGAAUAUAUUUACACUGUCACUGUUUGUUUUGGGGCACUUUUAUAAUGUCUUCCAUUUCCAAAGUUAUAAACAUCCACUAUAGCAGAACAACUGAUUAAUGAGGAACAUUGCAAAUUGUACCAGUUCCUUGACACAGUUUUAAUACUUUUGAUACUGGGUACAAUUCAAGUUCAUGAAGCUUACAUUAACAAUAGAAAGAAACAUACCUAACA